ACAUCAGAUGAUGUUAUUUAUCAUAAAGAAACUCGUAAGCGUCAAGAGGUCUGCUGGCCUUUGUUGUUCUCCCAUCCGCCUCACCUUACCUUACUUUCCUCAGCACUUCUCUUCUGACACACUCUUUCGCCUUCUUACCUCCCAACAACACUCCAGUACUUCUUUCCCUCCAACGCACUUCCCCCAACAAUGCAAUACUCCACCUUUCCUUCUACACCUAACCACUCCUUUUCCUCCCACCUCUCGCCUUCCCAAACUCUUCCUCACAUCCCGUCUCUCUCUCUCUCUCCAUUCAGGCUCCAUUAGCAACAUCGACGACGGGGAGUACAAGUGCCGCGACGGGUCCUCCCCUGAGGUGCACUACAAGGUAAUCUCCGGGGUGGUGGGCGCUGCCUCGUCCGUCACCUCCAUCCAGGUGGCAAACCUCCUCCGCCUCUUCAGGAUUCCGCAGGUGAGCUUCUUCUCCACGUCGCCGGAGCUGAGCAACAAACAGCGCUUCGAAUACUUUUCGCGCACCAUACCUUCCGACCACUACCAGGUUAAGGCAAUGGUAGAAAUCGUGAAGAAGCUCAGCUGGUCCUACAUAUCCAUCAUAUACGAGGAGUCCAACUACGGCAUCAAGGCCUUUGAGGAGCUGGAGGGUCUGCUGGCCCAAAACAAUAUCUGCAUCGCCGUCAAGGAGAAGCUGGUGAAGGACUCGGGGGUGGCGGAAGAGGGCGCGUAUGACCACAUCGUACAGCGUCUUCUGCAGAAAUAUCACGCCAGGGGUGUGAUCAUCUUCGGCUCAGACCAGGAGGUGGCCGGAGUGAUGCGUGCCGUCAGGAGGAACAACGCCACGGGGAGCUUCUCCUGGAUAGGCUCUGAUGGCUGGUCGGCCCGAUCCCUCGUGUUCUCAGGAAACGAGGCGGAGGUGGAGGGGACUCUGUCGGUGCAGCCUCAGGCCAACCCAGUGGGCGGCUUCGACGACUACUUCCUGAGCCUGACUGUGGAGAAAAACAAGAGGAACCCCUGGUUUGUGGAAUACUGGGAGAAUCACUUCGGCUGCCGGUACCCCAACUCAUCCCUCACGCCAUACAACGCAGCCACCACUAGAGAAUGCACGGGGGCGGAGCAGCUGACGGCCAAGAACACACAGUUCGAGGCGCAGUUACAGUUUGUGUCGGACGCUGUGAUGGCCUUCGCGUACGCCUUCAGGAACAUGCACCGGGACCUGUGUGAGGGUCGCGGCCUGUGUCCCGCCAUGAACCCUACUGACGGGGAGAAGCUCCUUUCCUACCUACGACAAGUGACUUUCACAGGCCUAAGCGGUGACAGGUUCAAGUUCGAUGACAACGGUGACGGGCCUGCGCGCUACAACAUCAUCCACUUCAAGCAGGUGUCGCAGGGCCGCUACGCUUGGACCACCGUCGGCACCUUCAUCGAGGGCAAGCUGAGGCUCAACAUGUCCGAGCUCCAGUUCAAGCUGGAUGAACAGCAGCCGCCCUCCAGCGUGUGCUCGUUGCCUUGCCUCACAGGACAAGCCAAGAAGUAUGUGGAAGGGGAGUCCUGCUGCUGGCACUGCUUCAACUGCUCUACUUACCAGAUCGUGAACCCGCGGGAUGAGACGCAGUGUUUCAACUGUGCCUGGGGAACGCUGCCUGACGCCGGUCACCUGCGGUGCAAUCCUAUCCCGGAGGUGUACAUCCGGCCAGACUCGUGGUGGGCGGUAGGCGCGAUGGUAUUCUCCUCCGCGGGCGUGGUGGUGACGGGUAUGGUGGUGUGGGUGUUCGUCAGGUAUCAUGACACACCCGUGGUGAGAGCCUCGGGAAGGGAGCUAUCAUUCGUGCUGCUCUCCGGGGUGUUCUUGUGCUACGCCAUCACCUUCGUCUUGGUGCUCAAGCCCUCCAAGGUGGUCUGCACCAUUCAGAGGUUUGGUCUUGGCUUCUGCUUCGCCGUGAUCUACAGCGCCCUGCUCACUAAGACCAACAGAAUUGCCAGAAUCUUUAACGCAGGGAAGAGGACGACCAAGAGACCCUCAUUCAUCUCACCGCGCUCCCAGCUGUGCAUCUGCUCCUGUGGCGUCUUCGUGCAGGUGGUGGUGACAAGCAUGUGGAGUGUGGUCAGCCCGCCCCGCGCCAUUCAUCAUUACCUGGUAAGGGAGGACAACUUUCUGGUGUGUGCUGCUUCCAUCAACGCCUCGUACGUAAUUGCCUUCGCCUACCCCAUCGGCCUCAUUAUUGUGUGUACUGUCUAUGCUGUGCUCACCCGCAAGAUCCCGGAGGCUUUCAACGAGAGUAAGCACAUUGGGUUCACCAUGUACACCACCUGCAUCAUCUGGCUGGCCUUCGUGCCCAUCUACUUCACCACCGCAAACAAUGUAGAGCUGCGCUUCACCGUCACCUCCGUCACCGUCUCCCUGUCGGCCACGGUGGCGCUGGUGUGUCUUUUCACGCCCAAACUGUACAUCAUUCUGCUUCACCCGGAGAGGAACGUCAGGCAGUCCAUGAUGGCCAACUACUCUACCGUCAGGAGCACUCUGUCUUCCUCCUCCCAGCGCGUCGACUCCGCCACCCAGAGCGAAGUCUUCCCUCUGGACUAUGAGUUACACGAGAAACUGAGGACAAUGAGUGCAGGACAGCUUUGCAGCUCCUCGCAAACCUGCCCAGGCUCUUGUCCCCUCCCGGAACACAGGUGUGGCCCCGCCUUCACCCUCACCCCCUCCGCCGCGACGCCCGCCUUCAACGGCCCCGUACAGGAUGUUCCGGACGUGUUGCUGUAGGAGGGACGCCAGGUGGUGUGGUCUGCAGACUGCUGCUUCUUCAGACUCUGCCGGGUAGACGUAUUGACGUGGUGGUGACGCCGCCCUACCUCUCUAUGGACAACACAACUCUGCAGGUGAACACCAAGUGCGAAACAUUGUUCACCUCCAUACCAACAAUUGCAGCAACUCUCUCUAAGGACGCCUGGGACUCUUUCUGUUUCGUGCUGAAUCACUUUGUGGAGUGACAUCUCUUGUGAUGGUUUCCAUUACUCGACUCUUCCAGCCUUGAUGGAAUCGCUGUGGGCCUUGGAGUACGACAUGUUGCGUACAGGAAAGGUCUUUAGGGAUCAACUUGAUCCUCUGGAUGUCAGCGACGCUCACCUGUUGCGGGAUUAUCGUCUGCCCCACCCUGAGAUCCUGCAUAUUUGUGAGGAGCGUGGAUCAAAGUUGUCCAGACCCAAUAACAAGACAUCAUCAAUUCCAGUUCACACUGAAGUCAUGCUUGCCCUGCGCUUCUUUGCAAUUGGAUCAUUCCAGAGUGUGUUGGGUGACACUGCUGGGCUCAGUCAAGCUUUCACCUCAAGAGUGAUCAAUGAUGUUACCUCAGCUUUGUUCCAAAACAGAAGAAUAGAAAUCAAGAUGUCAGCAAGUCAGCAAGACAUCAUCCACAACAAGCAGGAGUUUCGUGCUGUCGCAUGUAUCUAUAAGAGACCCAAGAAAUUGACAUACCUACCUAGACAAGAAGUGUUCCCUUAAUGUGCAAGUUAUUACAGAUGGAAAGAUGAGGAUAAUCAGCUUCCUGAGAGUUUGUGUGACUCCUACGUGUGGCGAGAGAUCCAACUGCGGCGAGUUUAUGGACGGCAGAUGUGGAGAUUCAGUUCUUGUUGAGCAGCCUUUCAUUUGUUUGUGUGCAUUAAUUGUCAACUGAUGUGUAUGAAACUUCAAAAUCAAC